AUGAUGGUGAGCAUGGCAAGUGCAUUGACAUUCUGCUCUGCAUCAUAUUCUCCACUUUUGAUUCGAUCCAUGGCGGCACAGCAGAAGCCAAUUCCUUCAGCUACCAAAACUGUUGGCUCAAAAAAGAGUACAACCGUUUUCCCUCUUGGGGAGCCUGGCCCUCGAGUCAGCUCUUCAACAUCAACGCCACCAGUGAAGCUAUUAACACGUGUAGAGCAGCUACGACUCCUAACCAAAGCAGAGAAAGCCGGCCUGCUAUCAGCAGCAGAAAAAUUUGGGCUAUCCUUGUCUACUAUCGAGAAACUUGGCCUCCUUUCUAAAGCAGAGGAAUUUGGUGUCCUUUCAGCUGCAACUGACCCAGGAACCCCAUCGACCUUCCUGAAUCUGAGCUUGGUUUUGCUUAUUUUGGGUCCAGCUUUUGUCUACUUGGUGCCUGAAGACUACCCUUGGGAGAUUGCAUUGCAGGUUGUAAUUGCUUUGCUCUCUGUAGUUGGUGGAUCUGCUGCUCUUGCAGCAUCAAAUCUUAGCCAAAUUCGAUUGAUCCACUGUGAUAUACCUAGAACUAUCUUGCAGGUCAAUAAUGAAGCAAAUGAUCAUAUGAUCAUGAACUCAAGAUCAGAAAAAGAUUUUCGAGCGAAGCAAGAAGACGAUGCCAAGAUUUCCGGCAAAUUUUCUAAGAUCCCAUCUUCUUCAUCUAGACAGUGGUCAUCAACCUUAAAAAAUCCAAGAAUUGUACGCGUCUCACGUGAUUUUGGAGGCAAAGACAGGCAUAGCAAAGUGUGUACCGUGAGGGGAUUAAGAGAUCGACGAAUUAGGCUUUCAGCUCCUACUGCAAUUCUAUUGUAUGAACUUCAGGACAAGCUUAGACUCAGCCAGCCUAGUAAAGUUGUAGACUGGCUACUUGAUGCAACUAAACACGAAAUCGAUCGGCUUCCACCUCUUCCAAUGCCUACGGGAAUGACUUUCAGCCAAUUUCCUCGUGAUCAUCUAUCAUCCGGGCUUCCCCACUGUUUGGACGCAAAUCAAGCUUAUGCAAAGGAUUCAGGAAUCAAUCACGCGUUUUUCUCACGCAAGGAAGAUUUAGGGAUCAAGAAUGUAUGUCAGCAGAAUCAAGAAAAUAAAGAGGGUGGUUUUGGAGGAUAUGUGGCACAGAAUUUUUUCCCAGUAGAAAAUUAUCAAUCUCCUUUUCCUACACCUUUUCCAAAUAAUUCCUACAUUAAUUGGGAUCCUAAUUCAAACUUGUCUUUAUCUCAAUUUGGAGCUGAAGAAUCCCACAACAAUAUUCCUGCACCAUCUUCCAUGGCUUUCCCUUUGACCUCUCAACUGUAUUUCUAUCCAUCUUCGACAACAGUACCAUCGUUGAAUUUCCCUCCAUUAAUCCCUCCAUUUAUGAACACAGCAAUGGAGAACGAGUCGAGACAAGUUAAUCACUUCCAGCAUCAAAAUUCAUUGAUGCCAACCCUUCAUUUGAUUAGCUCUCCAAUGAAAUCUUUCGGGUCGAAUGCCAAUCAAACUGUCCGACCUCCGGAAGAUGGUAGCGAAGAAUGCAGUAGUUCUUAA